ACAGAUAAUUUCUCAAUAGAUGGAAACCCAUGCAUUGCUUCUGGAGUCCCCAGCCUCAUGAAUCCAAUGACUAAGCCUUCUACCACCACUUCUUUCAAUGCUUCUGUGGCUGAGAUUCCAAGGAAGCGCAAAGGAAGUGAUUCUGAUAACCAGGAUACAGUUGAAGUUGAUGGUGACCCUCAGAAAAGGAGUGAAGAUGAAGAACAUCUUAAAAUAAAAGAUUUCAGAGAGGCUCACAGUCAAACAGAGAAGCGAAGAAGAGAUAAAAUGAAUAAUUUGAUAGAGGAAUUGUCAGCAAUGAUACCUCAGUGCAAUCCCAUGCCACGAAAGCUAGACAAGCUUACAGUGUUACGGAUGGCUGUGCAACACUUAAAAUCUUUAAAAGGUUCUACUAGCUCCUAUACAGAAGUCAGGUAUAAACCUUCAUUUUUAAAGGAUGAUGAGCUCCGACAGUUAAUCCUUAGGGCUGCAGAUGGAUUCCUAUUUGUGGUUGGAUGCAACAGAGGAAAAAUUCUGUUUGUCUCAGAAUCAGUUUGCAAAAUACUUAAUUAUGAUCAGGCCAGUUUAAUUGGACAAAGUUUGUUUGAUUACUUGCAUCCAAAAGAUGUUGCAAAAGUUAAGGAACAACUUUCUUCUUCGGAUAUCUCUCCUAGGGAGAAGCUUGUGGAUGGGAAAACUGGCUUGCAAGUACACACAGAUUUUCAAGCUGGACCAGCUCGACUGAAUUCUGGUGCUCGACGUUCCUUCUUCUGUCGGAUAAAAUGUAGUAGGACCACAGUCAAAGAAGAAAAGGAGUGCUUGCCCAACCCAAAGAAGAAAGAUCACAGAAAAUACUGUACCAUUCACUGUACUGGGUAUUUGAAGAAUUGGCCUCCUAAUGAGGUGGGAGUAGAAGAGGAAAAUGAUGUAGAAAAGGACAGUAGUAACUUUAACUGUCUUGUUGCAAUUGGGAGGUUACACCCUUAUGUUGUUCCACAAAAGAGUGGAGAGAUAAAAGUCAAAGCAACAGAAUUUGUUACACGAUUUGCCAUGGAUGGAAAAUUUGUUUAUGUAGAUCAGCGUGCAACAGCAAUUUUAGGGUAUCUGCCACAAGAGCUUCUAGGAACUUCUUGUUACGAGUACUGCCAUCAAGAUGAUCACAAUCAUCUAGCUGAAAAACAUAAAGAAGUGUUGCAGAAUAAAGAAAAAGUAUUUACAAAUUCCUACAAAUUUAGAGCAAAAGAUGGGACUUUUGUUACUUUAAAGAGUCAGUGGUUUAGUUUCAUGAAUCCGUGGACCAAAGAACUGGAGUACAUUGUAUCAAACAACACAGUGGUAUUAGGUCAUAACGAGUCAGCUGAAGAACAGGUCCCCCACGGUUCCCAGCCUGCAGAAGAUGCUGUAAAACAGUCUUUAGUAAGUGUACCUGGAAUGUCCUCUGGAACAGUUCUUGGUGCUGGAAGUAUAGGAACCGAAAUUGCAAAUGAAAUACUAGAAUUGCAAAGGUUGCAUUCUUCACCACCUGGGGAGUUAAGCCCAUCGCAUCUCUUGAGAAAGUCACCUUCUCCAGCUUUAACUGUAAACUGCAGCAAUGUGCCAAAUAAAGAGUUGAUUCAGUUAUGUCCUUCAGAAACAGAAGUUCUAGAGACUUCAGAACAAAACCAGGGUGCUAUUCCAUUUCCCAAUAAUGAACCUCUCCUCAGUGGUAAUCCUCAGCUGGACUUUGAUGCAAUAUGUGAAAAUGAUGACACUGCUAUGACGGCUCUUAUGAAUUACUUGGAAGCUGAUGGAGGACUUGGGGAUCCAGCUGAACUCAGUGAUAUACAGUGGGCUCUCUAGUUUUGCUUUUUCAAAAUAAGAAGGAAUGUAAAAUCAGUAAUGCACAACAACCGUACAUCCUCAGUACUGUAUUAUAAUUUUUUUAAUGUUUCAUUUGAAUUCAUACUUGCUAUCUAUAUAUUUUUAAAGACUGAAGCCUUGUUCAGAGAGGGACAGAUUCUGCUGCACCUAUGGAAAAAUGCAAUAUUUUUUUCAUGAUAGGGAAACCUUGAAAUUUUAAUAUUGAACCAUCUGUAACUGGAAAGCUUAAAACACAUGACUAUAUUUUUGCUAAGAAGCUUUAACCAAAAGGUACUGUACAAUGUACAGGAAUAUUUUUUUCUUAGUUUUAAUACUUAAACUUUUAUUUAUUGUUUUUGUUCCAAAUGGUAGAAUAUUGAUUUUCCAUGUUACUUUCUGUAGAACCUUCUGUACUUACAUAGUUUAAGAAUAUUUGUAACUAUUCAAUUUCAUUGAAGUGAUGAUUUGCACACACUACAGUUGUAAAAUAAGGUAUUGUAAUUCUCAAAUGAUGCAGUUUGUGAUUCCUUACCCUUUUCAGAAGUGCAAUUUUUGUAGUCAAAAGUGAAAACAAAGCAUACAGUUCUGGGAACAACAAUUUGAAUUAGAUCACCGUAACAAUCAGAAGAGAAUGUUUUGAGAAAAAGUCACUUCCCCAGUGCACAAAUAUGAUAAGGGUAUAAGAAAAGAGCAACGAAAUCUUAAUUUACUAUUUUGUAUUAUUUGUAAUGUAUUAGUAGAGGGGCAGUGCAUAGAACCUAAGAAAAGUAAUGCUAUAGCUGUAAUAAAGCAAUUUGGUCUCAUCACAGGUUAUUUAUGAACUAGAGAAGCUGGGAUAGAUUGUCUUUGGUUCCAGAGUGAGGCUUGCACUGUCUAUUAGAGAAAAAAUGUUAAAAUUCUAUAGUAUCUUUUAUAGUCUCUAUGUUUUUGGAGAUAGUAGGGUGAUUUUUCUAUUGCUUGAGUCUGUGACUUUUUAAAACGUUUGUGUAAUAUAGUGCUGUCUGUAAGUCAAUGCUAUAUAGGGUGAUUUUUUGGGGGGAUGGCUCUUGCAAGAAUUGUAUCCCAGUUUCAGCAAAUUACUCAAGGACAUGGCACUUAGUAGGUUGUAUUAGAACAAUAUAGCAUUAAUAUAUAAAGUGAUUCUUUUUAUCUCUGGUAUUAAAGGUUUAGACAAUUUUUUGCAUCAAUUAUAUAUCAUAAAAGCAUAUUUUUUUCCUGUGGAUUUUUUUUUAUUAUUUGGGUAACAAAAGGAAAGCAUUUGAAGAUACUUGAUAUGUAUGCAUAUUUUUAAUACAGACAU